AACUUCCGUGUUUGCUGCAAAGACAAAAUGGCAGCCUCCUUACAACGCAUUGGGAUAGUUGCUUGCCGCACAUUUCCCGUUAUUUUACAACGACAUCUUCAAGCACAGAGAAUUCGUGAUGUGAAAAUAACGUCAAUCGUCGCUCCGGUGCUUCGUGUCAAUUAUUGUGCAUCGUCUUCAUCUGCUGAUAACACGGAUUCAGCCGAGACACUAUCUAGAUAUGCAGACACACCAUGGGAGUACUUAAAAAGUGAAGAAUACAUUGAACGCUAUGGAUCAAAGCCUGUGUGGUCAAACUACAGGAGGAACCAUAAAGGUGGGAUCCCACCUCAGAAGACAAGAAAAACCUGUAUUAGAGGAGAUAAGAUAUGUGGGAACCCGUGUCCCAUCUGCCGUGAUCCAAAUAUCAUUAUCCAUUACAAGAACGUGAACUUGUUGCAGCAGUUCUUUUGUCCUGACACUGGAGUGGUGCAUGAUCCCACAGUAACCGGUGUGUGCAUGAAGCAACAGAAACUACUUAGCAAGGCUAUUGAAACUGCAAAAGAUUUUGGUUUACUUCGUGCCCAGUUCGCCCAUGUGGAUUUCACUAAAGAAGACUAUUCAAACACCCAUGGUGCUGUAGCGCCAACUCCUCCUCCGUUUCCUCUCAGCUCUGGAGAACUGUGGUAUUCCUGGUAUGGUAGUGUAAAACCAGACGAGCGAGAACUGGCACGAGUGAAGCGGAUCUACAAAGACUACCUCAAACCUGAAGUCUGAAUCUUGCUCUAAGAAACCGUAGUCAGGGGAGAUGGAGUACUGAAAUUUACACGGAUGAUGUUGUGUACACCUUUACUCUGGUGAUUGAUCAUAUCUAACUUUUGAAAUUGAUGUUUAGUCAACUGAGUAACUGCAGUCCAUUAAACAUAGUCACAGAAUAGUUUUUCAGUCCAAUCAACAAUAAAAUAUGGCUAUAAGGAGAGCGAAUUUAGACGUUUCAUUCAACUUGUUUCUCCACCAGCACUUCAAAUGAGUUGUUAUUCACAUUGUUACAUUCUGUCUUACCAAGACAAGCAUAAAAUGAAAUAAAACUCUGAAAA